UCUUUAAAGAAGGCUGAAAUAAAACAGGACUUUGAGUGCAAUUACAAUUAAAACAUCAGAAGUGCCAGAAACACAAGUUUUGAAGCUAUAUCAGCCGUGAAGGAUGGCAAACAGUGCCUCUCCUGAACAGAAUCAAAAUCACUGCUCAGCAAUCAACAGCAGCAUCCCGCUGACACAGGGCAACCUCCCCACACUGACCUUAUCUGGAAAGAUUCGAGUGACAGUUACUUUCUUCCUUUUUCUACUCUCCACAACUUUCAAUGCUUCUUUCUUGUUGAAACUUCAGAAGUGGACUCAAAGGAAAGAGAAAGGGAAAAAACUCUCAAGAAUGAAAGUGCUUUUAAAACAUUUGACCUUAGCCAACCUGUUGGAGACUCUGAUUGUCAUGCCACUGGACGGAAUGUGGAACAUCACUGUGCAAUGGUAUGCUGGAGAACUCCUCUGCAAAGUCCUCAGCUAUCUGAAGCUUUUCUCCAUGUACGCCCCCGCCUUCGUGAUGGUGGUGAUCAGCCUGGACCGCUCUCUGGCCAUCACGAGGCCCCUAGCUGUGAAAAGCAACAACAAGCUCGGACAGCUCAUGAUUGGCUUGGCCUGGCUCCUCAGUAGCAUCUUUGCUGGACCACAGUUAUACAUCUUCAGGAUGAUCCAUUUAGAAGAUGACUCUGGACAGACAGAAGGUUUCUCUCAAUGUGUAACACACUGCAGUUUUCCACAAUGGUGGCAUCAAGCCUUUUAUAACUUUUUCACCUUCACCUGCCUCUUCAUCAUCCCUCUUCUCAUCAUGUUGAUCUGCAAUGCAAAGAUCAUCUUCACCCUGACAAGCGUCCUUCAUCAGGAUCCCCACAGUACCAUGAAAUUAAAAAUGAAAGGACAGUUACUCGAUAGAGUAAUUGUCUUCUAUCGGGACAAUUACCCGAUAGAAGCAUCGGCAACUUGUUCCUGCUGGUCCAUCACAAAGCUCUAUCAAACACCUAAUGUCUAG